ACGAUAACAGUUGCGCAUCAGCCCUACAUUUAUGGCUUCUUUGAAAUUCGAUUUAACAACAAUUAAAAACUUAAUAAUAAAUGACUACACCUGUGCCGCGCCGCAUUAAGGACUUGCUGGCUCUUGGUAUUGACUCGGACACGGACGAUGACUACAAUACGCCUCUCAAGCCGCACCGAUCCCAUACGACAGCUGCAAACAACCACCGGCCAGCUGCUUUCGGUCGGGGAUCAGCCAUCGGCAUCGGCACCAAUGCUGGCAAUAAGGAAAACAUUCCGGUGCCCAAUAGGGCAGCCGGUGAAGUGCAGUAUGUUCCAUUGACCCAUCCAAAAAUAUCGCAUCUUGAAUUUGGUUUAUUUUUCAGGCCACGACGCGUCUCGGAGAUGACCAUGAUGGACUCGGAUAGCGAUGAGGAGGAGGAUAACAACAAGAACGAUCACAAUCUCAACUGCGCCAUUCUCAACGACUCCUUUGUGCUGAGUCCCACGCACGAGCUGCCAGUGAGCGGAGGCGGCAGCAGCAGUAUGCCCCCCACGGCUGGCGCACUCAAGCAAUCCGAUUCGAAUUUGUCUUUCCUGGGCCGCUUCGGAAACAUGGGCAUCAACUGCAGCACCAAUCAGAACUCUCCGGCGGUUGAGCCAGAACCGCAGGCCAUCAAAAAACCGCCACCUUCUACGCUGCAAACCAUCUCGGAACGGCGUAAGCUCUUCGAUAACGAGACUCCCCUGCGCAAUGGAUCCACGCUUGUGGCCAAGUCUAAUGCAAAGCCCGAGGUGGACUUUAUAACGCCACUGGUGAGAGUUCGCGGCUCCACGCAGGCUGCCAAGUCCCGCAGCGCGGUCGUAUCCAAUGAGUUUCGCUCGCAGAAGGUGCUCUUCCAGACGCCCAUGACCGUGGGCCGUGGGGCGCCUUUUAACUGCGACAGCUUCUCCCUGUGCGACACCAUCAGCGAGAGUCCCGACAUUCCGCCGCCAAAGCCGGAGGUGCAGCAGCCCAAAGCAGAGCCCAUCAAUGGCAAGUCAAAGAAGUCUUUGGACAAUGCAUUCCAUGAGGCAGAAAAGGAAGUGAUGGUGCCGCCACAGCCACCUCCGCCGAAAAUUGAGCCAGUGAAACCCAAGGAAGUGGUCAAACCUGUACCAGUACCUGUGCCUGGGCCAGUGCCGCCCUCCACCUCCAGCAAGUCCUCGAACAUACUGAAGAUCAAGAAUCACGAAUACGUGAUAGGACAGAAGCUGGGCUGCGGCGGCUCCAGUUCCGUUUACCUUGCGCGUCGUCCCGACUCUGGCGGUGAGUUUGCACUGAAGGUGGUGGACCUGCAGGCCGAUCCGUCUGUGGUGCAGGGCUAUCUGAAUGAGACCAAGCUGCUGGAGAAGCUGCAGGGCAACGUAUGCGUUGUGGCACUGUACGAUUAUCAACUGCUGCGGGAGGAGUCCAAGCUGUACAUGGUUAUGGAGAAGGGCGACUGUGACCUGAACAAGAUCCUGCAGAGCUACACCACCAAUCUGCCGUCCUACAGCCUGAUGAGUAUUCUCUACCAGAUGCUGCAGGCUGUCAACUACAUCCAUCAGCAUGGUGUAAUCCACUCGGACCUGAAGCCGGCCAAUUUCCUGAUGGUCAAUGGCCGUCUGAAGCUGAUUGACUUUGGCAUCGCCAGCAAUAUUUCGGUGGACUCGACGAGCAUCAUCAAGUUCUCUCAGGCGGGCACUUUCAACUACAUCAGUCCCGAGGCGCUCACCGACAUUUCAACGGGCAACAGUCCCAUGCGCGGUGGCAAUCAGCCCAAGAUUAAGAUCUCCACCAAGUCGGAUGUGUGGUCGCUGGGCUGCAUACUGUAUCUGCUGCUCUAUCAAAAGACGCCAUUUGGUCAUAUACGAAAUAUUUGUGCCAAAAUGAAUGCCAUUGCCAAUCCGGGCACAAAUAUUGAGUAUCCAGACAUUCCUUUUUACUAUCCAGCCAUGCUGGUACAUAUGCUCAAAAAGUGCCUGCAGCUGAAUCCCAAGAUGCGUCCAUCCUGCAGCCAACUGCUGCAGUAUCCCUUCCACAUGGCCAUUCCACUGCAAAAUCUACAAAUUGGCAGCCAAGCCACCAGCAACAACACCACCAAAAAGUAGCCAUGCCAUCAUCCAUUCCCUAUAAAAGUAUUGUCCUCCAUUCGCGUGGUUAUAAUUAUUUUUCUCAUAUGUGUGUAUGUAUUUAAUUCUCAUUUACCAUAAGUUAUACAUCAUAAAUCUUUAUAAUGCAGGCUA